UAAAGCUGAGGGUACGAAAUAGAAGAAUCUCAACAGGCACUUGAAAUAGCCGAAGCUAACUUGAGUAGAGCUGAGGGUACGAAAUAAUUGGUUGAAGCGAAGCUAGCUCACGCUCUGUAAGAUUUGAACCUACGACAUUUGAUUUUGGAGAUCCAUGUUCUACCGAACUGAACUAAGAGUGCUUUCUUACGACAGGAGAUAAAGCAGUAAAGAAAAGGAUGAUUUUCGCAUGCAUAUAGAAAAAUGAAACUAAAAUGCAUUAGCCACAUUUUGUUGAGACUGGAUGGAGUAUGUCUUGUCACAAACAGUUUACAGUUGGGAGUUUGAACUAACCUCGUGUUGUGCCAAGAAAAGAGUUGUGAGCAACCACUGGAAAACCGUAGAAACUGACUGAGAAUAGAAAACCCCGCGCCACCUUCUCCCUCCCGCCAUCUCGCCGCACUCCCGGCCUCUCUCCGCCGUCCAAACUCCGCAGAACCCAGGCACAUCUCCUCCGAUCCGCUCCCAACCAACCUCCGGCGAGGCGACAACGAUGGGCAAGGGCGACCACCGCGAUCUGGAGUCCGUCAGCGCCUUCCCGCCGGCGGGCGCGUACAUGAUCGAGAGCCCGCAGCUGCAGUGGGCCUUCAUCCGCAAGGUGUACGCGCUCGUGGCGAUGCAGCUGCUGGCCACCGUCGCCGUCGCCGCCGCCGUCUACUUCGUGCCGGCGAUCCGCCGGUUCUUCGCCGCCCGCACGCCGGCGGCCGUCGCCGCCUUCGUGGCCAUCAUCGUCGCCCCCAUCAUCCUGUUGCUGCCCAUGGUGUUCCUCCGGAAGCGGCACCCCAUCAACCUCGUCCUCCUCGCCCUCUUCACCGUUUCCAUGAGCCUCGCCGUCGGCUUGGGCUGCCUCUCCAGGAAAGGUAUCAUCAUCGUCGAAGCGGCGUCCCUGACACUGGUGGUGGUCGUCGGCCUGACGCUCUACACGUUCUGGGCGGCGAGGAGGGGCCACGACUUCAGCUUCCUCGGGCCCUUCCUGGCCGCGGCGUGCCUCAUCCUCAUGCUCUACUGGCUCGCCCAGAUGCUGCUGCCGAUGGGGAGUGUCGCGACGACGGUGUACGGGUGCGUCGUCGCGCUGGUGUUCUCCGGCUUCAUCAUCUACGACACCGACAACCUCAUCAAGCGCCACGGCUACGACGAGUACGUCAUGGCGGCCAUCUCUUUUUACCUUGACACCGUCAACAUCUUCAUGGCCAUCGUCACUUGCCUGAGCUCUUCGGAUCCGUAGAUAAUUGUAUGUACAAAAGUACAAAACAGAACAAAAAAAAGUGUACAUUUGGGAAUGGACAGUUUCAUGAUGAGAACAAGCAAAUGUUGUUGUUGCCUA